GACUCUCCUCCUCUCUGAGCAAUCCCUCAAUUCAAGCAUCCCUCAACAACUGCCAGCUUCAGUCAUCGCUCAGUAAUCCCUCCAUCAACUCAUCUCUGCGUCUUUCCGGCAACUCCCCCCGGCGACGGCCCGCUCCCAUCAGCCCCCUCACUUUGUCUCCUGGCACCGAGCAGCGCCGGGGUCUGACCAAGCAGCUGUCUCCUACCAUGUCCCCUUCACUGUCCCCCAUCACACAGGGAGUUGCUUUGGAUACCAGCAACAUGCCGAGGGAGCCGCCCCCCCCCUACCCGCUCUACCAACCGCAGCAGCACGCAGGCGACCAGGGCCGACAACGACAACAGCCGCCGCUACAACAUCAGCAGCAGCCGGUUUCUCCUCUUCAGGGCAUCCCGCUGGACUUCAACACAGGCCAU